AUGGAUGCAUAUUUCAUUGAUCAUGGAUUUGAAAGGAGCAAAAGUGAGUCUACCUUGUACGUGAAGACUCAAGAUACAUCUACUCUCAUUGUUGCUUUAUAUGUUGAUGCUUUGCUGUUUUGUGGUGAUGAUGAGAAGAUGAUACAUGAUUUUAAAAUUGAGAUGAUGAAGAGAUAUGAAAUGAGUGAUAUGGGGCUGCUACAUCAUUUCUUGGGUAUGGAGAUAUACCAAGAAAAUGAUGGAGUGUUUAUUUGUCAGAGAAAGUAUGCGGAAAAUAUCCUAAAAAAGUUUGGAAUGAGUGAUUGCAACCCAACUUUGAUUCCAUUGGCGGUGAAUCAGAAAAUGAAGAAAGAAGAUGGUGAAAAGAAGAUUGAUGCUUGUAUCUAUCGAAGUAUGUCCGAGUCAACUCUAUCUUGGUGCAACAAAGAGAGAGUUCUUAGAUACAUCAAAGACCUAACAAAUUUUGGUAUCAAGUAUGUCAAAGGUGCCCAAGUUAAUUUGCAAGGUUAUUGUGAUAGCGAUUGGGCCGGAUGUUUGGAUGAUAUGAAGAGUACUACGGGUCACUCAUUUUCUCUUGGUUCAAGUGUGUUUUCUUGGACUUCAAAGAAGCAGGAGAGUGUGGCACAGUCAACUGCCGAAGCUGGAUAUGUUGCAGCUGCUAUGGCGACAUCACAUGUGUAUUGGCUAAGAAAGAUUCUUGGCGAUAUUGGAAUGAACCGCACUCGACACAUCAACAUCAAAUAUCAUUUCAUCCGAGAAGCCAUUGAAGAAUGUGAAGUUCAGCUCACAUUUUCCAAGUCCGAAGAUCAAGUGGCAGACAUCUUCACCAAAUCACUUCCAAAGGAAAAGUUUUUCAAGUUCAGAGAGCUUCUUGGUGUCAUGGAGCAUCACAUUAAGAGGGAGAACUGUAGUUAA